AUGACACCAUUAGACGGACAUCAAGCGGAGGAACGGGACUCGCAGAGCCAGGAGGACUCAGAGUGUCCCGUGUGUUAUGAAAGUCUCUCCGGCACCGAGAGGACCCUGAGCUGCGGACACGUUUUCUGCCACGACUGUCUGGUCAAAACCUUGGUCAGUAUCAACAGGGAGGGCGUCAUCAGAGACACCAUCAUCUGUCCCGUCUGCCGACACCUGACUUUCAUCAAGAAGCAACAGGAGGUUGGGGAUCCUCUCGCCCCGGGGAAAGAGGCUGAGGAAGGAGGCGGGCAGACCUUGAAGGUUCCUGUCCCUCCACCAGCACCUGGUAACCCACAGCAUCACCAUGAAGCACGACGCGCGUCAGGGCAUAGUAGCUCACCGUCUGAUUCAAGUGGACUGAGUUGGAUUGUGAGACGUUUUAGGUGUAUUUCAGAGAGAUGCAGGAGUCGACGGAUACUGUCACUGAUCACUCCCGACCACAGAAACUCUCAGAUUUUCAUCAUCAGUGCCCAGGGCCGACCCAUGUCUGAUGAAGAUGCGGUGAGCCUGGACACUAUGCCUGUUGUUCUCCAACCCAACCGCAGGAGACGGCGCGUCAAGAUUUGUACAACAGCACGUUGCUUGGUCGUUCUGCUGGUGAUAUUCACAUUGAUGGCAAUGGUAGCUGCCACACUUCCUUGGAUUAUAUUGGCAUAG